UUUCCUCUUCACUUGAUUAACUGGAAUUUAGUUCACGGAGUACAUUCCACGGUAUCGGUUGUAAAAUCCGCGCUGAUUAAAGAAAAAUAAAUAAUUAAAAAUGUUUAAUGUUAAAGAGCAUCAACACAUUCGUUUAAAUCCUCUGACUGGUCAAUGGGUACUUGUUUGCCCCCAUCGUAUGCUUCGACCUUGGUCGGGUCAAGAGGAGUCCCCUGAACUUCUCAACGCACCAGAAUUCGAUCCCAAAAACCCUCUUUGCCCAGGAGUUGUUCGAGCGAGUGGACAUAAAAACCCCAACUACACUUCCACAUUUGUAUUUACAAAUGAUUUCCCGGCUCUUCUGGAGGAUGUCCCCGUACCACCGGAAAGUGAUGAUCCCCUGUUUCAGACUGAAGCAGCACGAGGAACUUGUCGUGUUAUUUGCUUCCAUCCAAAGUCAAAUAAAACUCUCCCUCUUCUCUCACUCCACGAAAUUGGACAUGUCAUUUCAACGUGGAGAGAACAAUUCAUGGAGCUGAAGAAGACGUAUGCGUGGGUGCAAAUAUUUGAGAAUAAGGGAGCCGCCAUGGGGUGCUCAAAUCCCCAUCCUCAUUGCCAAAUUUGGGCAUGUUCCUUCCUCCCCACAGAGCCAGCCACCAAAGAUAAACAUUUGCGGCAGUACUUUGAGAAGAACCGCCGUCCUCUUCUGCUGGACUACGUUGAGAAGGAAUUAGCCAAGAGGGAGAGGAUUGUAAUUGAGAACCGCAAUUGGCUCGUUGUUGUGCCAUUUUGGGCUAGUUGGCCCUUUGAAACAAUGCUCAUCUCACGUCAGAACACAAAGAGAUUCGAUGAAAUGACUACAGAGCAAUCUGAGGACCUUGCCCUUGUCCUCAAGGAACUCACAACCAAGUACGAUAAUCUCUUCAAAUGCUCCUUCCCGUACUCAAUGGGAUGGCAUGGUGCACCAACGGGGAUAAUGGAGACUGAUAAUAGCGAUCAUUGGACUUUACAUGCAAUUUACUACCCACCCCUUCUACGUUCUGCCACAGUGCGCAAAUUCAUGGUGGGCUUUGAGCUUCUGUGCCAGGCACAGAGAGAUCUGACUGCAGAACAAGCAGCUGAACGCUUGAGGAAUGUCGAUGGAACCAAGCACUAUUCCCAGUUGUAAAUAAUCAUUCCAAAAAAAUAAUCCAUUUUAUGUAGAUUUGAAAAAAAAAAUCAUAUUUAGCUAAAAAAUAAUAUUCUAUUAAUUCUU